CUCCCCUCUCUAUUGGGGCUUGAUUGGUUUCCCCAUCUCGGCCUAGGGUUAACAGGAGUCCAUGCUGUCUCCACCUCUGACACUGACUCCUUAUUCGCUGACUACUCAGACGUAUUCAGCAAUGAGCUGGGAUGCUAUAACGGUACCCCCAUCUCAUUCACAGUAGACCCCCAGGCAGUUCCAAUUAGACUAAAACCCCGCAGAGUCCCAUUCGCCAUCCGGCCUAAACUGGAUGCGGAGCUAGACAAGUUAUUGAAGCAAGGGGUCAUUGAACCAACAGACUUCGCCAAGUGGGAGACGCCAAUCGUCACCCCCCUUAAGAAGGAUGGCAGUCUGAGAAUUUGCUCGGACUAUAAAACCACAAUCAACAAAUUUUUACAAGUUAGCGCUUACCCAGUCCCUGUCAUACAACAUCUAUUGCACACUUUAGCCGAACUGCAAACCAUCGUCACCCACAGGGGUGCCUUCCGCUGCAAGCGUCUCCAAUUUGGCGUAAGCGUUGCCCCGGGCAUUUUCCAAUCCCUCAUGGAGCGCAUACUCCAGGGUCUCCCUGGCGUAGUACCCUACUUCGAUGAUAUAUUGGUCUCGGCCCCUCUCCUGGGUCUCCUGGCCGGCGACAAACAAACCCCACAAGUGUUGUCCCCAAGAAUGACGAGGUGGACCCUAUUCUUGGCAGCCUAUUCGUAUAAACUCAUACACCGCCCAGGAAAAACCUUAAGCCACGCAGACACUCUCAGCCGCUGCCCCCUGCCUGCUCCAGCUGAAGACCCGGCCCCGGUCCACGCUAUCUUUGAGGUCACCCAGCUCGACCUUCCUGUCACUGCCCUCGAUAUCGCCACCAAAUCCAAAAAGGACAAAACGGUUGCCCAGGUACUGGACUGGGUGAGGAGGGGGUGGCCGGGCACGAGUAUUUCUAACGAAUUCACACCCUUUAAAAUACGCCAACAAGAAUUAUCUAGUUUGCAGGGUUGUUUACUGUGGGGCACCAGAGUGGUCAUCCCGGCCCAACUGCGCACCCGAGUCUUGGAAGCACUACACGAGGGCCACCCUGGCAUCGUCAGGAUGAAGGCGUUGGCACGCAGCUACGUGUGGUGGCCUGGCCUCGACGACGACAUCAGCAAAUGGGUAAGCUCGUGUCAACCCUGCCAGGAGUCUAGACCAUCCCCUCCAAUCACCACCCCCACAAAGUGGGAAAGCGCCAACGCACCCUGGUCCAGACUGCACAUUGACUUAGCGGGUCCAGUUCACGGCAGAAUGUUCUUGGUGGUGGUGGACUCACACUCUAAGUGGAUUGAUGUGGCCCAACUAUCCACCACCACCACUCAAGCCGUCACCAAGGUAUUGACCCGCCUGUUCGUGACCCACGGGCUUCCAGACUCCAUAGUUUCUGACAACGGCCCCCAGUUUGCCUCAACAGAGUUCAGCCGUUUUGCCGCAAAUCUGGGCAUCCGUCACAUCUUCACGGCUCCCUUUCACCCCGCCAGCAACGGGUUGGCAGAGAGAGCCAUUAGAACCACGAAGGAAGCAUUGGCCAGAUUCAGACGCCUAAGAACCGUGUUAGAUAGACUUCACCCUAAUUACUGCCCUGACUCACCCCUCGCUUCUUCAGCGGGGAGCAGAGGUUUUGUUUUGCAGGAGAGCAUCUUCGCGAGGAACUAUGCGGGAGACCCACUGUGGAUCCCUGGAAUGGUCAUUGCCAUCACCGGUCCCAGGUCA